AUGAGUGAAUACGAGCAACCAGAGGAAGACGUUGUUAUUAAUGAGGAAGAAGUUGCAGAGGUUAUCGACGAUGCGACUCUGGAUCAAGAUGAACCAAUGGAAGAAGAUAUUAAUGUUGAAGAUGAAAUUGAAAUGAACGGUUUUGAUGAAGAAGCAUUACAAGGUAACGGAAUCAAGAUCAACGAAGAUGGUAAUAUUGAAAUUGACAUGUCCAACAAUUCGCAGUCAUAUUUUGAAGAUCAUCAAGAUUCUAUUUUCACGGUUUCGACACAUCCAACUUUACCAAUUGCAUUUACAGGUGGUGGGGACAAUGUUGGUUAUUUAUGGACAACACAUUCAACCCCUGCAAAGACUAUAACUAAACUUGUCGGGUAUGGCGAAAGUGUCAUUGCGUCUCAAUUUACACAUGAUGGGUCAUACCUUGUUACUGGUGACAUGAGCGGGAAAAUUAUAGUCUUUAAAUCGACAAAGAAAGGCCAACUGUGGGAAAAAUUUGAUCGAGUUAUUGAAGAUGUUGAUGAGGUUAUGUGGAUCAAGGCGCAUCCUAAGGAAAACAUAUUUGCAUUUGGUGGAAUUGAUGGUUCGGUUUCGGUCUACUCGAUUGAACCGAACCUGGAAUUGAUUUUUUCGGGCUAUUCACAUUCCACUGAGUGUACAAAUGGUGAAUUCUACCAGACAAAUAACUUGGACGAACUAAAACUCAUUUCAAUUAGUGAGGAUGGAUCUAUCAUUGGUUGGAACUGUUAUACACAGCAAACCGAAUUCAAAUUUGAUUCGACCAAUAUGAAAGGUUUAUCGCCACCAUGGGUUACAAUUUCUUCGAACAUCAACUCAAAAGCCGUUGCAAUUGGAUCUAGAGAUUCGCAGAUUGCAAUUAUAAACACUGAAAAUGGAUCGAUGUUGACCAUGUUCACCGCAAUGGAGCAAAAGGACGAUUCUGAUAUCUACGAUUCAUCAAUCGAGGCCAUUGCAUGGUGUGAUGUCUUGAACAUCAUGGUUGUUGGGUUUGUGUCUGGUGAUUUGAUGAUUUUCGAUACAAAUACAUGGAAAGUCAGGAAAACUUUAAAGUGUGGUGAUGCAGUCACGAAAAUUCAAUUUUUAGAGAAGUCCCCUGUUUUCCUUGUGUCCUCUAUGGAUGGUAAGAUCUACAAAUUUGAUGUUAGAACUGGAGAGUUACUACAUGAAUGUGUUGGACACCAUAUGGGUAUCCUUGAUUUUAGUAUUGACUGUUCGAAGGAGAGAGUGGUUUCUGCUGGUGAUGAUGGUGUUUCGUUGGUAUUUAAAUAUUAG